AUUACAAUGGAUAAUCGAAUCGGAUGGAUCUCUGAUGAUGCUCAUCAUCACAUCAGCUGUAUGUGGGUUGUCUUAUUUUAGACGGAGAAAAUGAAAAUGAUAAUGAAAACGGAAAAGAAAAUGAUCAUGCGGUGAGUCAAAUUCAUUCGAUUAAAACUUAAAAGAGAGUGGGAAUAGGAGUAAUAAUAGUAGUAGACUUCACCUCAAUUUCCGCGUUCUUAGUGAACUGUCUGACAGUUGGAUUUGAGUUGGAUUUUGAUCGAUUGCCCAGUGAUCGCGUCUUUCUAUCUCCCCUACUUUUUUUUUUUUUGUGGGGGGUUUCGCUUCUUCAGCUGUUCAGUGUUGUAUGUAUUAAAAGGUGCAUAUUUUGCUUCUUACCUUGCUUCUUUAGAUUGCUUUCUGUCUUAUUUGUCCAUGGCUGAAUGUGGGUUGCUCCCAGAAUUUAACUGAGCUCGACCUUUUUAUAUCUGCUACUUUCGGCAAAUUUUUUUAAUUGACCACCGGCUGCAGAAUAUUUCCGGUGCGUGUUUGAUUUGGUAGCGGUGGAGAAAUUGGGGAUUUACGUUAAUUGGGUGGAGGAGCAAGCUUCCUGCAACUCUUGCCCCCGUUGACGCUGAGUGUCGGCGGAAGGAGAACGGGAUUAGUGAUUUGGUCGUUUGGUUGUACCUUGUAAAUAGGCUUAUUUGGAAAUCUGGCUUGCACCAUUGUUCUGUUAUGGUAAUCUGUAUUUGGUGUUAGAAAUGAAUGCUAGAGUUGUAAGGAAAUGAGAAUAUCACAAUGAAAGGGGAAGCAGGGCUGUCGAUUCGAUGGAUGAAACAAACCAGCAGUAUUCUGAUGUGCUAGGCCUACUUAAAUCUUGGGUGCCAUGGCGGUCGGAACCGGCCAAUGUGUCCAGGGAUUUCUGGAUGCCCGAUCAGAGCUGCAGGGUGUGCUAUGAGUGUGAUUCGCAGUUCACCUUGUUUAACCGCAGACACCAUUGUCGACUCUGUGGUCGAAUAUUCUGUGGCAAGUGUACUUCAAAUUGGAUCCCUGCACAGCCUAGUGAACCAAAGAAUAUAGCAGAAGAGUGGGAUAGGAUUAGAGUCUGUAAUUACUGUUUCAAGCAGCAGGAACAAGGUCAGGCAGGUGUUGUUGAUAAUGGUCACCAGGUUGCUGGUUCGGAGAUCAGCAGUGCUUCGCCGUCAGCAACCAGUUUCGUUAGCAGCAAGUCUAGUGGAACCUGUGGCAGCAGUAGCAUUACAUUUGCAUCCCUGCCACAGUCUGCUGGAUUCAGUCCACAUCAAUCUGCAAUAAUGGAAACAACCGUCGAAAGACAGAAUGUCAUGCCAGCAACAACUAAUGAUCAUGCUGUGGACCGAGAAGAACAAAAUCAGUCUCAAAAGGAGUUUGAAUUUUUCCAAAGUCGGAGUGACGAAGAUGAUGAUCUUGAAUCACCACAUUUAAAUCCUGGAACAAGACAUUUUCCCGAGUUGAGUGGCUAUUAUGAGCACAAGCAGUUUGAGGAUGUCAGCAGUACCUAUAAAUCACACAAAGUUCAUCCUGAUGGAUAUGCUGGUGAUUCAAAAAGUUUGAGCAGCUCUCCAUUUCGAAACAGCUUUGAUUCCUUUAUUUCAGAAGAAGUCCAGCGCAUUGUCAGGAAAGGUGUUGAAAGUGAUGUCGUUGAUGAAUAUGAGGCAUCUGCUUCUUUGUAUGGAGCUGAAGAUGCUGAUACCCAACCAGUGGACUUCGAAAAUGAUGGACUUCUUUGGCUGCCCCCUGAACCAGAAGAAGAGGACGAUGAAAAGGAGGCACUUCUAUUUGAGGGAGAUGAUGAUACAUAUGCUGCUGGACACUGGGGAUAUUUACGAAAUUCAAGCAGUUUUGGGAGUGGGGAGUCCAGAAAUAGGGACAGAUCCAAUGAAGAGCACAAGAGAGUUAUGAAGACUGUGGUUGAUGGUCAUUUUCGGGGUCUAGUUGCUCAGCUUUUGCAGGUGGAGAAUCUUCUGGGUGAAGAUGAGAACGACCAAGAAAGUUGGUUAGAAAUAAUUACAGCUCUGUCAUGGGAGGCUGCGACAUUAUUAAAGCCUGAUACAAGCAAGAGUGGGCAAAUGGACCCUGGUGGAUAUGUGAAGGUAAAAUGUUUAGCCUCGGGUCUUCGAAGUGAAAGUUUGGUGGUCAAAGGAAUAGUGUGCAAAAAAAAUGUUGCUCACCGAAGGAUGGCAUCAAAAAUAGAGAAACCUCGCUUAAUGAUCCUUGGCGGAGCUCUUGAAUACCAACGGGUUUCAAAUGCUCUCUCAAGCCUUGAUACUUUGUUGCAACAGGAAAUGGACCAUCUUAAGAUGGCUGUUGCAAAGAUAGGUGCACAAAAGCCUGAUAUUCUUCUUGUGGAGAAAUCUGUUUCUCGACACGCGCAGGAGUACCUUCUUGCUAAAGAUAUAUCUCUUGUUCUAAAUAUUAAAAGGCCUCUGUUGGAGCGGAUUUCACGUUGCACUGGUGCCCAAAUUGUCCCUUCAAUUGACCAUAUGUCAUCACAUAAAUUAGGAUAUUGUGAUGCAAUCCAUGUAGAAAGAUAUUUGGAAGAGCAUGGCAGUGCUGGUCAGGCUGGAAAGAAGCUUGUGAAAACAUUGAUGUAUUUUGAAGGCUGUCCAAAACCACUGGGCUGCACGAUAUUACUUCGAGGUGCCAACGGAGAUGAGCUGAAGAAAGUCAAGCAUGUUGUACAAUAUGGUGUUUUUGCAGCGUAUCAUUUGGCUCUGGAGACAUCUUUUCUAGCAGAUGAAGGUGCCUCACUGCCAGAAUUUCCAUUGAAUUCUCCAAUUACAGUAGCACUUCCAGAUAAGACAUCAACCAUUGGCAGGUCCAUCUCAACUGUACCUGAUGUAGUGGUUCCUGCCAGUGAAAUAUUUCCUGGGCCUCAAUCUGUUGGUGAACCACAUAGAUCUAAUAGUGUACCCACUUCAGAAUUGCUGAAGGAAGCAGUUGCUUCUAGUUGCCAGACAGAACGUUUGCAGACAUAUAAUCCUCCAUCUCCAAUGAGCUCAGAGUAUGUGGACCCUCUUGUCCCUUUUUCUGCAGAGGAUUUCCAGCAUUCUGCUUUAAACAUGUCUUCAGAAGAUCGAGGCAUUGUUAAUCUGGCUUGGGCUUUAGAGGGAAAUUUUUUAGAAGGUAACAGAGUUGGUGUCAAAGGAGAUUCAGACCUUCAAAUCUUGCCAAGUUAUUCCCUUGAUAGUGAUACGAAUAGAAAUGUAUUAGACCCAUUAUCUUUGCAACUUGGUGCAAAACCAGCUCUUGAGGAACAACCUGCCUUAAAGGAAGAGGUUCUGCCUUCUCCAUCAGACCAUCAAAGCAUUUUGGUUUCUUUAUCAUCAAGAUGUGUGUGGAAGGGCACUGUCUGUGAAAGAUCUCAUCUGUUUCGAAUAAAAUAUUAUGGCAGUUUUGAUAAGCCAUUGGGUAGGUUUCUGCAUGAUCAGUUGUUUGAUCAGAGUUAUGUAUGCCGCUCAUGUGAGAUGCCUGCUGAAGCUCAUGUUCAGUGUUAUACUCAUCGACAAGGUACCCUAACAAUCUCUGUGAAAAAAUUGUCUAAGCCUAUAUUGCGUGGUGAAAAGGAUGGAAAGAUCUGGAUGUGGCACCGCUGCUUGAGAUGUCCAAAAAUUAACGGUUUCCCACCUGCAAUAAGAAGGGUAGUGAUGUCUGACGCAGCAUGGGGAUUGUCCUUUGGGAAGUUUCUGGAGCUAAGCUUUUCGAACCAUGCUGCUGCAAGCAGAGUGGCAAGCUGUGGCCAUUCUUUGCAUAGAGACUGUCUUCGGUUUUACGGGUAUGGGAACAUGGUUGCUUGCUUUCGGUACGCACCAAUUAGUGUUCAUUCUGUGUACCUUCCUCCGUCAAAACUGGGUUUCAGCUAUGAAAGACAGGAAUGGCUAGAAAGAGAGUUGAACGAGGUUAUUGGAAGAGCUGAGCUUUUGUUCUCUGAAGUCCUUAAUGCUAUUUGUCUUCUGGUAGAAAGACAUUCUGGUCUAAAUCUGCAGAGCAGCGGAAUCAGCAUUCCAGAAUCUAGGCGCAAAAUAGCAGAGGCAGAAGAUAUGCUGCAGAAAGAGAAGAUAGAAUUUGAGGAAUUGAUCCAGAAAAUUUUGAACAAGGAGGCAGGAAAAGGUCAACCUGUCAUUGAUAUUCUUGAGCUCAAUCAACUUCGUAGACAAUUGGUCUUCCAGUCUUAUUUGUGGGAUCAGCGCCUGAAGCAUGCAUCUAGCCUAGAUGUUAAGAACCGACCAGAAGACACAGGGCUUGCCUCUCCAGAGCUCACUAAGAAACUGGUUUAUGAUACUGAAAAUAUUCUAGGCCAACAGAAAAUUCUUGACAUAAAUGUUUCCACCAUUGAAACGGAUGCAAUGCCAAGUCCUGAUCACGGAACAAGUGAUGAAAUCAUGAAUCACCUUGCUGUGGUUCUUCAAAGAAACGAUGAAUGUAUAGAAUCUGAUCAGGAAAAUAAAAAUUUGGUUGCACUUCAUCCUGGGACAAAGGUUGAUGAUGGAUCUGAUCCUGUAGCAUCUGGUGUUACUGUUCAUAGAGCACUCUCUGAAGGGCAAGAACCUAUUUGUUUAUCAGAUACACUUGAUGCAGCAUGGACUGGUGAAAAUUAUCCAGUUAGAGGAAUCCCCAAGAACAAGAGUUUUCCUGGAACAGUUGAGUUCGAUUCUCCCUGCGUUAGUGUACCCGACAAGUCUGAUUCAGAAAACCCCAGAGAAAAUCUUAAUGUCUCUAAGAUGUCUGAAUUACCUUCCAUAAUUUCUACCAAAGGUUUGGAUGAUGACAAAGACAAUUUGAACUGGCUGGGCAUACCAUUUCUAAGUUUCUACCAAUCAUUAGACACAUAUUUUGUACGGAAUGCUCCGAAAUUCUUGAGUGAAUAUAAUCCAGUGUACAUCUCAUCCUUGAGGGAGUCGGAAGUCCAAGGUGGAGCCAGACUGCUUCUAAAUGUGGGAGUUGAUGACACAGUUGUUCCUGUGUAUGAUGAUGAACCUACAAGUAUUAUAUCUUUUGCACUUGUUUCUCCUGAUUAUAUUGCGCAAAUGGGUAGCGAGUCUGACAGAACAAAGGACGGUACAGACUCAGUUCUUUCUAUCCAGUUAUCUAAUGGGAGCACUUAUCAAUCAUUUUUCUCUUUGGACGAAACUUUGGACUCCUUCAGAAGCUUUGGAUCUGUAGAUGAAAACAUGUUGUCGUCAACAAGUUCUCGUACUUCAUUGUCCUUGGAUCCAGUGUCUUAUGAUAAAGCAUUGCAUGCAAGAGUGUCAUUUUCAGAUGAUGGACCCCUUGGGAAAGUCAAAUACUCAGUUACUUGCUAUUAUGCAAAGCGCUUUGAAGCCUUGAGGAAGAUAUGUUGUCCUUCAGAGGUGGAUUUUAUUAGAUCCCUUAGCCGAUGUAAGAAGUGGGGAGCUCAAGGUGGCAAGAGCAAUGUCUUUUUUGCAAAAACUUUGGAUGAUCGGUUUAUUAUCAAGCAAGUGACAAAGACUGAGCUGGAAUCAUUUAUCAAAUUUGCUCCGGAUUAUUUUAAAUAUCUUUCUGAAUCAAUUAGCACAGGAAGCCCCACAUGCCUGGCAAAGAUUCUUGGAAUUUAUCAGGUGACAUCCAAGCAUCUUAAAGGAGGGAAGGAAACAAAGAUGGAUGUCCUGGUUAUGGAGAAUCUUCUGUUUGGAAGAAAUUUGACACGGCUUUAUGAUCUCAAAGGCUCUUCCAGGUCCCGGUACAAUGCUGAUGCUUCAGGAAGCAAUAAAGUUUUGUUGGACCAGAACUUGAUCGAAGCCAUGCCAACUUCUCCAAUAUUUGUUGGAAACAAAGCCAAAAGACUAUUAGAAAGAGCUGUCUGGAAUGACACUGCCUUUCUGGCUUCAAAGGAUGUGAUGGAUUACUCUCUAUUAGUAGGGAUUGAUGAAGAAAGGCAAGAACUAGUCCUUGGAAUCAUUGACUUUAUGAGACAAUAUACAUGGGAUAAGCACCUUGAAACAUGGGUGAAAGCAUCUAUUCUUGGCGGACCCAAAAAUGCCUCACCAACGGUCAUAUCCCCAAAGCAAUACAAGAAGAGGUUCCGUAAGGCCAUGACUACCUAUUUUUUGAUGGUUCCAGAUCAAUGGUCACCUCCUAAAUUCAUUCCUAGCAGCAAGUCACAGUCUGACUUAUGUGAGGAGAGCACACAGCAGCACAUGGAAACUGGUGGUGGCAGAUCUUGAUACUUGGCAGGCAUGAAAAUGAGGACCUUCAUCCCAGCAAUCACAGUUGCACUCACAGUACAGUAGAAGCUGAAUUGAGAGACAGCUUUAAAGGCCAAGGGCGAUGGUGAUGGUGAUGAGGUUUGUUGUUUUCCAAACUAAACUGAAUCUUGUUGGAGAAUGAUGUAUCUAAGCUACAUCAAAAUUAUUGGAGUUUGUAUUGUGGUAAUAAUCCCCACCAAGAAGGAAAAAAAAAAAAAAAAAGGGAAAACAAACACAUGAUGUAUGGUGGGUUCCAAUUGGAACCAACAACAUAAUUCAAGACUAUUAAUUAUGGCGCUGUUCUUCUUAGAAUAGCAUCAUUAAACACUACUAAUAAGUGUGUAGUAGUCAUUUACUAUCCAAUGAGAUGAACAUAAGAAAUACAACUGUUGGUAUA